CACUUUGAACUCUGCAGCCCUGUUUGAAUGAUAUGAUGUUUAGCUAUUAAACAAAUUAAAGGAAGUGCCGUCAGUACUGUAUUAUUACGGCAAAAGAGGAUUUUGUUGUAUAUUUUCGUCAUUAAGUUUGUUUUGUUGUUUCACUGUUCCUUCCUGUGUCUGCGUACACGCGCUGAGCGUCAUGAGUUGUGUUUUUUGUCCUCAUAUUACUGUGUACGCUAGGCUCUGUGGGGGGAGUUUUCCACUGACGAGCACACACAACUCAACAGCAGCUGAUCGCAACGAUAGAGUUAUUAGGUAAAUCGAGGAAUUAGAAGGAGGAUUUUGGUGCUAUCUUAAUAACUCUACAAGCAUCGUAUGGUCGUCUCUUCCACUCAUGAGACACGGGUGCAUAAUUACUGGAUCGCCAUGGCUACAUUGCAGCAUGGGGGUUUAAAGAGAAAAUAUGGGUUCUCAGAUGAGGAUGCCAUUUACUAUUCCUCAUCCCCCUCAUCACACUCUGAGUGGGACUCUGAUGAAGAUGGCGACCAAAGUGUUACUGUGGACAUUGGCCCCAUUGGCCCUUUUCCUUCCAGCCUUCACAUGCCAAUUUCAUCCAUCCUGAAGACGACAAAAAAUGCUCAGUCUAAAGGCAGUGUUGACUUUGGCCUGGUUACAGUGUUCUUCUUCCAGCGAUGUCAAGGCUUUAUCAGUGUGCCCAGUCAUGGUGGCUGUACACUGGGCAUGGUUAGUCGGCAUGCUGCCUGCCAGCAGUUCACACUGACAGAGCAUGCGGAGGAGCAGCAGCGCUUGCGAUUGAAGAGACUCCGUGAGCGACACGAAGAGGAGAGGCUGGAGGCCUUGAGACAAAGGUUGAUCAGUAGUGGCACUCACACAAUAGAAAAAGUGGCCACCUUGACUGUGAACGAUGUCCCAGAUGAAGAUGUUGAUCUCAUCAAUGCAAAGCUGAAGGAUGGGGAAUCCUUCCGUCCCUACUCAUCCAAACGGAGACGUGCAUUGCUGAGAGCUGCGGAUGUGGUGAGAAUUGACAGAGAAGAGAAGAGGCAGCUGCAGGAGCUACGAAAGUGGCGGGAAGACUGUGGCUGCCACUGCAAGGGCUUCUGUGAUCCAGAGACCUGCGCCUGCAGUCAGGCAGGCAUCAAGUGCCAGAUGGAUCGCACAAACUUUCCCUGUGGAUGUUCGAAGGAAGGCUGUGGGAACCCAGUGGGCCGCAUUGAUUUCAACUCCAGUCAUGUACGGAGUCACUAUAUCCACACACACAUGAAGUUAGAGCUGGAGAAGAGGCAGCUGGAUAAGAAGUUUGACCAGAACCGUCUAAUCACCACUGAGCAGCAGCCUGCUGAGGGGAACGCAGCCAUUACAUUUCCUAUAGAUAACGACUCCUCCCCAUUUCCUUCUCUGCUGCCCAGUCCAGCUUUCCACCUGAGCUCAGAUCACUGCAGGGAGGCAGAAAGCAGCUGUAGCAGUGACAUGACAGAUACAUCUUUCUCCUCAUCUCUGAGUCUGGACUCUGAGAUGAAUGGAAGCCCUCUCUCAGAGCGACCCAUGCUGGAUGAUGACGACAGAGGGCUGACUCACAUUCUCAGUUUUUCAGACCCUGAAUGGGACGAAUGCCCAUAUAUCAAAGAGUGUAAUCGCAGCAACAUGCAACAGUCAUUGAGCAAGGAUCUGUGCACAGAAGCUGCUGGCAGUAUAUCGGGCAUAUCCACAAAAGAUAACACACAGUCUGAAAGCAACAUCAGUACAUCUCAAUUGGAAUAUCUGGAUGAAAAUGCUAAUCAGGUCACAAUGCAGAUUGUAAGUGACACCUUUGAUAUACCCUAUACACCUUCUCCAUCCAGUGAUAAUACAGAAAACUGUUACUUGGACCUUAGUCUGUCCUCAGACUCAGACCUGCUCUUCUUUGACAGUUUCCAUGAGUACGGUCCAAGUUACAGCCAUUUUAAAGUGUACAGUCAUAUGGACUACAUGUCACAUAUUCAUUUUCCGAGCUGCCCCAGCCCUGCCGAAAUAGAGGACUCUGGCGUUAGUCUUCUGGAAUCUCUUGUAGGAAUUUCUUAAUGGGUAUCAGAGCAGAUCAGUGUUUGUACUGAUGUUUUAAACAAGCCUUGAUCAGUUACAAUUUGUACUGUAUGACAUUUCUUUUGAGAAAUAGUGUUAAUAAUAGUGUUUAAUAAUUAUUAUUUUUUGGAUAUUAAUAUAGAUUAUAACAAUGAAUGGCCACAGUGUAAAUUGAUUUUCAAAAACCACUUAAUGAAAGUUGGUGUAAAGUAUCAUGUCAAUUUCAAGUGCACAUUUUGUUGCUAAAAUUCACUGAAAGUUUGUGAUUUCAGGUAAAAUUUUAUAUUUAUACUUUAUAAACUACAGGCGUUUACUUGCUAAAAUCUUUUCCCUCUUUUUUCAGAAAUCUACACUCACAUCUUCACUACAUUAUUAGGUCUAAUUCUGAUUUAAUUGAAAAUGAAAAAUUCACGUUUUUAAUAGUUACAUUUCAGUAAAGAAAGUUAUAAUUAUUUACUUGGUCAUAAAAGCCUGUUCAUAUUUAUUGGUUGAAUGUGUUUUGCUUCAAAUGAUCAUGCUAGUCAAAGUUUUGUUUUGUAUAGCAUGGCAAAUGUAUUCGCUACUAUGCAUAAUGGCUCUGCUUAAUGUUUUUAUGUUUGUUUGUUUUUUAUUUAAAAGAAUUACAUGUACUAUAUUUUGUUUUUAAUCCAGACUGCAUUUGAUUUGAAAAUAUUUCAUUCUGGUAUGCCUACUCUAUAUUUAUGUCUAUAUUUUUUCCAAACUACUUUUCCUUUGUGGAACAAAUUGUUAGAAAUACUUAUUUAAAAUAA